AUGUUAGGUUUAGAUAAUUCUGGCAAAACUACGAUUACAAAACGACUAUUAAAUCAGGAUAUAUCAACAAUAUCGCCAACAUUAGGUUUUCAAAUAAAUACUAUCAACUACAACGAUUUCAAUUUAAACGUUUGGGAUAUCGGGGGACAGACCAGUCUCAGAACUUUUUGGGGGAACUACUUUGAUCAGACUGAUAUUGUCAUUUGGGUGAUCGAUUGCUUGAGUUUAGAGCGGCUAAACGAAUCGUAUCAAGAACUCAGAGAAAAAGUCAUACUACAGGACAGGCUCGUUGGGGUUUACUUGAUCAUAUUGAUAAAUAAAAUAGAUUUAUUAGACCCCGAAUUGCAUGAAGACAUCCGUGAGCAAGUAGCCCAUACACUAGACUUACCACUGCAAAUCCCUCAAACAGACAAAUGGACUAUUCAGAUGGUGAGCGGAAAAUCUGGCAAAGGACUUCCGAACAUCCUAGACUGGAUAGUAACUAGAGAGUACUAA